AUGCCUUUCUCGGACCAAUAUUUCGAGCAACCUUCCCCUUCGAAGAAGACGACGACUCGCGUUCCGACAGGAAUCGGAUCCAAGGCUCCGACAUACGCUCCAUCAAGGAUUGUACCAAAUUACACGACAAACGCCUUGACAAGAACCGCACCAAAGUACACGACGAACCAUCCAACAAGCACCGUACCAAAGCACACGACAAAGCCUCCACCAAGUACCGUAUCCGGAGCUCCGUCACAGGCCUUGACAAGGAACUUGCCUCAGAAUCCGUCGCUAGUUUUAACAAGGACCGAACCUAGGAAUCAGACACUGGCUUUGACAAGGACCGAACCUAGAGAUCAGACACUGGCCUUGACGAGGACCGGUUCUAGGGCUCCGACAGAGGCCUUGACAGGAAUCAAUCCCUGGGCUCCAAGAGAGCCUACGACAAGGGGCUCGGUAAACUUCACCACAAGGAUUCCGCCAAGAAAGAAGACGAGCAUCGUCAUCACUCAGGGGACCAUCGGUAAUCUGAACUGCACCAACAUUAAUAUCAUAAGAGCUCGUCGCCCCUAG